AUGAAAAUUGAUCCUGAGUGGAUCCUGCACAACUACUACUACCGAGGGUACGAAGAUGCCGUUUCCUACUUGAGGAGGUUGAAUGAUGCUUAUCUCAAUUCUCCCUCCAAGAGAGUGAUGUUCCCCCGAGUAGAAGUGUACUGCAAUAUAGAACUUGCCCUUGGCAAUGAGUGCCCUGAAGGCAGCCAAUCAAGCCUCCAGACAGAGGAGGAAUCCAUACAACUUCACGCACAGUGGGCUCCCAAAGAGGAGGGAAAGGACGGCCAUCAGCAGGUACAAACGACUGGAUCACCACCAAGAUCCCCACCCUCCCAGUCAUCUGUGUCACCCAGGCCACCGGCUGUAGUGACAUCUCAAACAUUGCCCCAAUGUUCUCCUUCGGCGUCACCUACACAGCUACCUGUGGAAGACCUGGGCCCAGAACAGCCCCAAGCUCCCCUUGCCUCUUCAAGUCGGAAAGGUGCCAUGCCUGUGGUUAACUUGAAGGAAGCCACCAACAAGCCCUAUGCAAUGGACAACCCUGCCGAAGACUCAAGUUGGAUGAGCAAAAUAUUCAAGAAGAACAAACAAAAGACAAAUGGCACCCGAAAAGGCUUCCCAAGACAUCCACGGUCCAAAAAACCAGGCAGCAAAGUGCAGUGA